GGUGUCUCUCUCUCUCUCUCUCUGUAGGGGGCUGAGUGAGGGGACACACUUCUCUCAGUCUCUCUGGGCGAGUGGAGAUGAACACAUGGUGUAGAACGAGGAGGGAGAUGGAAAUGUGUCUGACUUUUCUUCUUCUCUCAUCCACACUCACACUCACAGCAGCUGACAGUGUGAGGUUGGUGGAUGGUGGAAGUCGCUGUGCUGGGAGAGUGGAGGUUCUUCAUGAUGGACAGUGGGGAACAGUGUGUGAAUCUGCCUGGGAUCUGAAAGAUGCUGCAGUGGUGUGUGGAGAACUGCACUGUGGAGAAGCUGUAGAUGUGCAUUAUUGGGCUGAAUUUGGAGAAGGAUCAGGACCAAUCUGGAUUUAUGAUUUGUACUGCAGAGGAUCCGAGCUGACACUGAAUAACUGUAGCUCACAAGGUGGACACUUCUGUGGUCAUGUUAUUGAUGCUGGAGUCACCUGCUCAGGUGAAAGUUUAAGACUCACUGCUGGUCCUCACCGAUGUUCUGGAAGAGUGGAGGUGCUUCAUGGAGGUUCCUGGUCCACAGUGUGUGAUGGUGACUUUGACCAGCAGGAUGCAGAGGUUGUGUGUCGAGAGCUGGACUGUGGGAUUCCUGUGAAGGUUCUGGGAUCAGCUGCUUUUGGUCGAGGGGAGGGUCAGGUGUGGACAGAGGAGCUUCAGUGUAGAGGAAAUGAAUCUGAAAUUACCCUCUGUCCAUCAUCAUCUUCACUCAAACACUCAAACUGCUCCCAUCACAAUGAUGUGGGAUUAAUAUGUUCUGGUCACACAGAGGCUCGGCUGGUGAACGGAUCAGACUCCUGUUCUGGUCGAGUGGAGCUCCAGUACCUCAGUGAGUGGGGCACAGUUUGUGCUGUAGGCUGGGAUAUGAGAGCUGCAGAUGUUCUCUGUGCACAGCUGGAUUGUGGGAGUGCUGUGGCUGUGGUGGAGGUGGACUGGUUUGUGGAGGGGAGUGGCCACAUCUGGGCUGAUGUGUUUGAUUGUCAGGGGAAUGAGACACACCUAUCACAAUGUGGCAUCUCAUCAUGGAGUCGAGCUGCAUGUUCUCAUAAACACGAUGCUGGAGUGAUCUGUAACGGAUCAUCCAUGGCGUUUCAUGAGGGGCGAGUGCGGUUGUCUGGAGGGAGCGAGUGUCAGGGGGAGGUGGAGAUUUAUUUCAGGCAGGACUGGAGGAAAGUUCUCCUGGACUCGUGGAGUCUGUCUGAGGCGUCUGUGCUCUGCAGACAGCUGGGCUGUGGCUCUGUGCUGAACUACCGUUCAUCUCCAUCCACCACUGAACACAAACACAUGUGUGUAACGGCUUUCAGCUGCUCUGGGAGUGAAGCUCAUCUGGAGAACUGCAGCAGUGCACAAGCUGUCAACUGCACCUCUGAAGAACAUCUGUACAUCACCUGCUCAGCCCCCAGGUCCAUCAGACUGGUAGGUUCUGGAGGAGACUGUGCAGGAAGGCUGGAGGUUUUCCACAGUGGUUCAUGGGGAACAGUGUGUGAUGACUCUUGGGGUAUUGAGGAUGCAGAUGUGGUGUGCAGACAGCUGCAGUGUGGACGGGCCCUCAGUACCCACACACCAGCCUGGUUUGGUCCUGGAACUGGGUCCAUAUGGCUGAAUGAGGUGGAGUGUGAGGGGAAUGAGACGUCCCUGUGGAACUGCAGAUUUCAGCUGUGUGAAGAGGGUGAAUGUGGACACCAGGAGGACGUAGGAGUCGUGUGCUCAGAGUUUAAAGAGAUCCGACUCACGGGGGGCUGUGAGGGGAAUCUGGAAGUGUUCUACAAUGGAACCUGGGGUAAUGUGUGUCACAAUCAGAUGGAGCAGGAAACAACAGAUAUGGUGUGUCGAGAGCUGAACUGUGGAACAGAUGGAAGUCUGAAAAACACUGAAGCUCGAGUAAAAUCUGCUCCUAACUGGCUGGACCAUGUGAAAUGUAGGAAACACGACUCUAAUCUGUUCAAAUGUCCAUCUUCACCCUGGGGACAGAACAGAUGUGAUAAUCGUGAUGAGGUGGUUCAUAUCACCUGCAAAAGUGAUGAAACGUCUCUACGUCCUCGAGGGACUCAUGGCUCAAAACACUGGUCUCUCAGGCUGAGUGGAGGAAAGGGAAGCUGCUCUGGGAGGUUGGAGGUGUAUCAUAACGCUACAUGGGGCUCCGUUUGUGAUGAUCAGUGGAACAUCAGUAACGCUCAGGUGGUGUGCAGACAGCUGGGCUGUGGGUCGGCGCUGAGUGCUGAUAGGUUUGGUCCUGGUGAAGGGACUGUCUGGCUGAACAGAGUGAAGUGUCGAGGGGAUGAGAUUCACCUGUGGGACUGUCAUCAUUCCCUGAAGAAACACACUGACUGCUCUCAUGCUGGAGUCACCUGUGCAGACGUAUCUGCAUCCACCACUUCUACAACCAAAUCAACAACAAUCUCCACCACAACAGCCAGAGGAACCAGUCCAAGAACAUCACCUGUAGCUCCAUCCACCCCUCCACUGGUUCUCUUUGUGUUGGGGACGCUGCUCUUCCUGGCCUUAGUGCUUCUGGUGGUACUGUUUUACCAGAACAGAGUGCUCAGGAGAGUGGUCUCUAAGAGGAGGCGUAAGACUCAGCCUGAGGCAGUCUAUGAGGAGAUCAACCACAGAUACAUCACUAGAAGAAUCACGAGCUCCACUCAAAGAGGAAGUCUCCUCUCUGAAGAACAGUAUUCUGGGUAUGAGCAUGUGGAUGAUGAGCUUCUCUCAGUAAAGUCUGGGAUUGGAGAAAAGGCUGAGGAUUAUGAUGAUGUCAUCGACACCAGUGACUUCAUAAGUGCUACAGGAAGAGUGGAGGCACCAGAGGACUACGAUGAUGCCGUCACUGCUGGACCG